AUGCAAUCGCUGUUCAAAAAAGGCGCCUCUCUUUUCACGCCCUCUUCCACUCCUCCCAUCUGCAGCGCCGCAACCUCCACCGACAACCUCCCCGUAACCUCGACAGAGGACUUCCGCACCGCGCCUUCGCACGAGCGUUUAUUCCGCAAGGUUGACCCGGCUAUCGACGGCGAGGAAUGUCUGCACGACUGCGCGAGCUGCACGGUGCGGUACCCAUCGAGGUUUGACGUGGAUAUGAAGGACAAGAUGUAUGGGAAUAUAGGAGGGUGGGCAACACAUUUGCUCGUGGCGACGGGCAAGACAGACUGGGUAAGGGAUGUGGCAGAUGAGAAGGGGAGCUUGAUGGAGGCAAUUGAGAGGGGUGGGGUUGCGCCAAGCAAUGGGAAAUUGAAGUUGUCGGCUUCGAACAUGCCUGUUCCCGACGAGUAUCAUGACCAUGAGCCUGGGAAACAGCCGACGAAUGUGCUGCUCCUGCCCAGCUUCACUAUCAUCGAUCAUGUCACUCCCGCAUUGACUCCGGAUCUGAUCAACUAUUUCGUCAAUCCGGCGAUCACCACGACUACGCCACUAAAGACCUCGAAGAAUGAAACCAGCAGCGACAGCGAAGAAGACCAACAAGAAACCCCCGGCAUCAAAACCCUCACACCACUCCGCUCGCGCCCGUGUCCCCACGCCGCCGUCAUCCUCCUCUGCUCGCAGCGCACCCGUGACGUCCGUUGCGGCCAAUCUGCCCCGCUUCUGCGCAAGGAGUUCGAACGCCAUCUCCGUCCGCUAGGCCUCUACCGCGAACUCGACGACGAACGACCCGGCGGCGUGGGGAUAUACUUUGUCAGCCACGUCGGGGGCCACAAGUACGCGGCGAACGUCAUUGUAUACCGACGAAAGAACUUCGAUUGGUACAAGACGUCUGACAGGGAUGGCUGCGACCUUGCUCAAGAGGAAGAUGAGGAAGACGAUGAAGAGAGAGCAAGCGAAGGAGCAUCACAGGGGAUCUGGCUCGCGCGAGUCCGCCCUGAAGACUGCGAGAACAUCAUCCGGUACACCGUGCUGCAGGGCAAAGUGGUCAAACCGGGACAUCAGCUGCGCGGUGGAUUUGAUCGCGAGAAAGGGUUGAUUAGUUGGUAG